AUGACUACCGACGACGUACUUAACGAGAAAGAGCAAAAUACUGCGGGUGUUGACGCUCUUGUUACAAGGACACCCAAUGACCCCGAACAGAGGACACUCGCCGAGGAACCGCGGCCCGAGAAAGUGGAAGCUGUCGACAUUGAGCAGCGAGCGAAUGACAAUCCUGGUGCACGUUGGCGAGCGGGCGAAGUGCAUGAGAUUCCUCACAAUAACAUGAAGCUCGUUUUUCCUGGUCUCAUGUUGGCAGUGUUCCUCGCCGCAUUAGACCAGACUAUUGCAGCUGUUGCAUUACCUACAAUUGUGCGAGAUAUUGGUGGCCAGUCUGGGUAUAGCUGGGUCGGUAGUGCAUACUUGCUGAUGUCAGCAUGUUUGAGCCCUCUAUACGGGAGACUUUCGGAUAUUAUAGGGCGAAAACCAAUUUUGUUCUUUUCUAUUGGCACUUUCCUAGUAGGGUCGGCGCUCUGCGGUGCCGCCCAGAACUUUAUCUGGCUUGCACUCUGCCGUGGCGUACAAGGUAUUGGUGGCGGUGGUAUUAUGCAAAUGGCCAUGAUUAUCAUUUCCGACAUCACUACCCUUGAAGAACGCGGUAAAUACGGUGGAUUGAUAGGAGCCACCUGGGGAAUUGCGAGCGUCAUUGGUCCGCUGGUAGGAGGUGCCUUCGCUGAUCACGUCAGUUGGCGCUGGUGUUUCUUUAUCAACCUUCCCACGGGUGGCAUUGCAGCUUUACUUCUGCUGUUCUUCUUACACCUCAAUCCGACAAAAAGGCGUUCCGUUCGUGAUGUUGCGGCAACAUUUGAUUUCCUGGGCCUCUUCCUGCUCAUUGGUGGAGUCGUUCUUGUCCUUAUUGGCUUCCAGAGCGCACAAACUGCAGCUAAGAAAUGGCAAGCUCCGGGGACGAUUUCUACUCUGGUACUGGGUGGCGUUUUAAUUAUUGCUGCCAGCGUGAAUGAAGUUUUCACGUCUCGCGAGCCAAUCAUCCCGCCCCGACUUUUCCAGACUCGAACGACGGCAGGAAUUCUCAUUUCUGUAUUCCUCCAUUCGAUGACGUUCUUCGCCGCAAGCUACUAUGUACCCUUAUACUUCCAAAUCCUUGGGUCAGGUGCAACAAUGGCAGGCGUCCGCCAGUUACCACUUUCGCUGGGCUCUUCAUUAAUGGCGAUUAUUAGCGGAAUAAUUGUUGCGAAGACUGGACGGUAUCGUCCCGUUAUGUGGGCAGGAUGGACCGUGAUGACUCUUGGGUUCGGUCUGUUGAUUAUGCUUGAGGAGAACACAAGCACUGCAAAGCAGGAGAUAUGGUUGCUCGUCACAGGCCUUGGAGUCGGAUGCCUUUUCCAACCUCCCCUCAUCGGCCUGCAAGCUGCUAUGCCUCUCAAGGAUAUGGCUACGAGCACUGCUGUUUUCGUUCUUUUACGUACGCUUGGAGGUACUGUGGGUAUCUCUGUGGGCGACACAAUCUUCCAGUCAGAACUGCCUGAUCGCCUAGCGAAGAUCCCCGGGUAUAACGCCGCCUCUAUGAGUGCAUCAGGAUUCCUGGAUUACACCUCGAUUUCACAUAUCCAACCGGACUCGUUGCGCCAGCAGGUCACCCAUGCCUUUACGCGAAGUCUAGCCACAAUAUAUAUCGCCUUCACGCCCAUUGCUUUCGUCGGUCUGCUCUGUGUAUUGGUACUUCGUGAGUACACCCUGGUACGGACCGUUGAACGCGGUCAGAAGCAAGGAAAAGAACGCGACUCCAUUGUGGCUUCGGAACGUCCGAGUGUUGCGAUUGAAAAAUCUGCCAAUGCUGUGACACCAGCCGCGGCAUGAUUUUAUUUCUGAUGAUUUGACGUUGAUCUAUUACGCAUAGAUAGUAUCUUUCACGCUUUGUUACUGGUUUCUCUGUUUCUUGUUCUACCACUGCUCUCGUAUUUUAUAUCCCUCAUGGCAUACAUGUAUAGACGUUAAUGCAAAAUG